UUCCUUUUCCUCCCUCUCAUGUUCUGAGCUCAUUGCAGGUGGCUAUGAUCUGAUACAGGGAUCUGUUAUUGGCUGACAGUCAGGUAAAUGCAGUUUGAAUAGGGAAAAGGAUUGUGAAAGAUUCUCCCUGACUCAGGCAUCAAGCAGUUCUGUGAUAUAAUAGAACGCAAGAGAGCUCAUCUCAAUUUGUGGUGUUCUAAAUCUAUUUAAUAUGAUACAGCAAGUCUUGCCAAAUGAUAUGUAUUUUAAUUUUGACAGUAAAACUAGUAGUUAAAUUGUGUUCCAAGCACAGGAACAUGCUUCCUCAUGGGUUGGCUGAUGUCCCGUGCCUGGUAGUGUUCAAAAGGCAUUUGGACAAUGCUGUCAGUAAUGUGCUUAACUUUUCAACAGCCCUGAGGAGGUCAGGCAGUUGGACUGGAUGAUCUUUGUCUGUCCCUUCCAAAUGCAUUAUAAUGUUCUGUUCUAAUUCUGUUCUAGUCUAUCCUAUCCUAACCUACUCUGUUUAAUUGUAACUGUGGAUCACAAAGACCUCAGCCACAAAUUACAAGUUAUAACCUUGCAAUUCUCACCAUCGGGAGUCCCCCAGCUCAGGUUGAGCUUGAUAUGGUUUUGGCCAAAUCUUCCUCCUCAGAGAACAAUGUGGGUUGUUCAUCCAUUCAUGUGUGUCACUAAUUAGAUGACGAGGCAUUUGGCUACCUUAACAGAGUCAUAUGCAUAAAGGCAUAAAGGCUUAUCUUAGUCCUCAGAUAUUAGUCAGGGUACACACAGUGAUUGUCCCACUUUGCUCUGCACUAGUGUGGUGUUACCUGGAGCACUGUGUGCAGCUUUGGGUACCACCAUGUAUGUGGACAUAAAACUAUUAGAGACCAUCUGAGGGAGGGCCACAAGGAUGGCACAUAUGCGGAGCGGCUGAGGUCCCUUGGUUUGUUCAGCUCAGAACUGAGGAGCAGAGGGGAGACUGAUGGCUCUUCAUGAGGGGAGUAGAGGUGCUGUGCUGAGCUCUGCUCUCUGGUGACAGCAACAGGAUCAGAGGGAAUGGCAUGUAGCUGUGCUGAGGAAAAGGCAGGGUGGAGGUUAGGGAAAGGUUCUGCAUCAGAGGGUGGUGGGCAUGGAACUGGAUGUCCAGAGCAGUGUCAUGGCCCCAAGCUGCCAGAGUUCAAGAUGCACAGGGACAACACUCAGCCACAGGAUUUGAAUUUUGGGUGGUGCUGUGUGUAGCCUGGGGAUCCACUCAGUGAUGCUUGUGGAUCCCUUCCAACUCGGGAUAUUCUAAGAUUAUAUGAUUUUAUCAUUAUUUCUUCCUUUACAUAUGGAAGAGCUGCAACAUCACACCACAACACACGUUGCAUUUACAUCCCUGCCAGAUAGGAGGUUGGAAUUACUACCUCUGCCUUCAGCACCUCUCUAACCCGGCUUCCUAAGAGCGCUGCCUCCGACUCAGCAGCAGCGCACAACACGCUCAGAGGUGGGCAGUGACCGCAGACUCGCUUGGCACUGGGCUGGGGCGCACCAGACGGGUUCGAGGACGGGAACCGGGCAGCUCGGUAGAAGAUCGCACACCACCUCCGCCGGCAGCUGCAACUCCGCCGAGCCGGAGCGUGCGCGCGCCCCCGGGAGGCGGAGCCCCGUGCGGAUGGGCGGGACCUGGCGGCGCUGCGGCGAGCGGGACGGGCGGCCGCGGGGUGGCUGCCGCGGGCGGUCGGUCGGUCGGUUAUUUGGAAAAGGAAUGAUUUGCUGAGCAGAGCAGCACAAGAUGACUUAUGAUUCCUGUUCUUCAUGGAAGCCUGUCUGGAUUCAUAUGCUUUUUUUUCUCCGUUGUCAAAAUUGAUGGAAGUACAGACAUGGAUUUAAGAGCUUUGAUACUUUUGGAUGUUUAAUUCAGAUUUGGUAAAUGACAUGGAAUAAGAUACUGCCUGAACAAGAUGAAAUGCCUUGAAGACCUUUGGUUCUGCUUUCAUUCUUCCUGAAGCAAUGGUUUUCUCAGCAAUGUUGACACCAACCAAUUCUGGGACCUCAAAUGCUACUUUUAUUGUUUAUGAAAAUUCCUACACGAAUUUUACCACUCCCCAGGUCUUACUUCGUAGUGGCACAACACAGCCACUGAGAUAUAGUUCAGGUGCUGUGCUCACCACUGAGAGAAGUACUUUUCUGGUACACACUACAGCUGUCCUGCCAUCACAAGAAGUUUUCAGGAGCUUGAGUUUGCCACUCCAGAUCAUACUUUCUGCUGCUAUGAUAUUUAUUGUGUUGGUUUCUUUCCUUGGAAACUUUGUUGUAUGCCUCAUGGUCUACCAGAAGGCAGCUAUGCGAUCUGCAAUUAACAUUCUCUUAGCAAGCCUGGCUUUUGCAGACAUGCUGCUGGCAGUGCUGAACAUGCCUUUUGCUCUGAUAACAAUCAUUACCACUCACUGGAUUUUUGGGGAUAUCUUCUGCAGAGUCUCUGCCAUGUUUUUUUGGCUUUUUGUCAUAGAGGGGGUAGCAAUUCUUCUUAUCAUUAGCAUCGACCGAUUUCUUAUUAUAGUUCAGAGACAGGAUAAACUGACACCUUACCGUGCAAAGAUUCUCAUUGUGAUUUCCUGGGCAGCAUCCUUUGUUGUUGCUUUUCCAUUAUCAGUAGGGAAUCCUAAUCUGCAGAUACCCUCGAGAGCACCUCAGUGUGUUUUUGGCUACUCUACUAGCCCCGGCUACCAAGCAUACGUGAUAAUUAUCUUGCUAAUUUCUUUUUUUAUUCCAUUCUUGGUAAUGCUAUAUUCUUUUAUGGGCAUACUCAACACCGUCCGCCACAAUGCAGUUCGUAUCCAUAGCCACCCUGACAGCAUAUGCCUGAGCCAGGCCAGCAAACUUGGUCUCAUGAGCUUACAGAGACCUUUUCAGAUGAACAUUGAUAUGAGCUUUAAAACUCGUGCCUUCACCACCAUCUUGAUUUUGUUCCUUGUCUUCAUAGUGUGUUGGGCACCCUUCACCACUUACAGCCUUAUUGCCACAUUCAACAGCCACUUCUACUACAAGCACAACUUUUUUGAGAUAAGCACUUGGCUCCUCUGGCUCUGCUACCUCAAGUCUGCACUGAACCCACUGAUUUACUACUGGAGGAUUAAGAAGUUUCAUGAUGCAUGCUUAGACUUGAUGCCUAAAUACUUCAAGUUUUUGCCACAGCUACCUGGCCAUACAAGGCGGCGCAUUCGACCCAGUGCCAUCUAUGUAUGUGGAGAACAUCGGUCAGUAGUGUAAAGCUGCUGUUGUAUGACAGAUUGUUACUGUUUGGGAUCAUUUGUUUUCGGGCUUUUUGUUUUGUUCUAUAUGGCUUCUUCAGUGUGGCCAUAUCUUAUAACUUGAUAAAAUUUUCCAGUACUCUGUGCAAUUUUGGGAGAAAAAACGGAAGGAAGGUAAUUGGUUAUAGGUGGGUUUACUACCAGAAUACAAUGUAAAGAAAAUAACAAAUGUUACCUCUGGGAUUCCAUGGAAAUCCAUUCUUUUAAACAAAAAUCGCAUUUGUAACAUUUUGUCAGGCCGAUGCUUACUAGGCCUGCAGUUGCAUCUAAUUGUAGGGAUUUUUUAUGCUGCUAAGAUACAGUAUAUUUAGUUGGUGUAAUUUUUCUGAAAAAAUGUUGCUGCUGUCUGCCAAUAUAUCAGAGCCAAAAAGUCUCAUUAGAUAACUUCUAUUUAAUUUUAACAAUAUUUCAGAAGUUUUGAUUGUGAUGUUGUAAGACAGGUUGUUUUUUUUUUAAAUAUUUCCAUUAAUAUUUUUGUGCACUUUAAAAAAAAAAAAUGCUAUAGAUUUUUUUCAUUGGAAUAUUUUGUUCUGUACUGAAGGGGCGUUAUUGUUAUUAUUUGUUAUAUUGGUGAAUUUCAGUGAAAGUCCCAUGUAAGCUCUAGGAGGGCAAUUUAUGUUGUAGCUACAAUUACAGUCAUAAAUCUGCUUUUUUUUUCCUAACAAUUGUUCAAAAGUAACAACUGUGCAGUUCUUGGGGGAGCUGGGAGGAAAUAACAGGAGAGAGAAGGAGAGAAAGGAGUGGAAAAAUCAUAUCCUGAGGUCUAGGCUAACACGAGAUUUUGAAAAAAAGGAGUUCAUUUGAAAAUUGUCUGGGGGGAAAGAGGUAGCUGUAGUUACUUUGCGUUGUUAGAAGCUACUCGAACCUAAUGAUACUGUUGAAAAGCUAUCAGGAGUUGACUUUGUGCUUUCAGUUCACGCUGUGUUGAAAUAGCAGUUUCUGCGUGAAACUCAUAUAGGGCUAGGAAUGCUCCAUGCGGCUGAAAUCGUGCUGUCAUGUUAUGCAGAUAGAGUUAGGGAUAGCAGAAACCAUACCUGAGGCUAGGACCUAGCCUAUAUAGAAGGGAAGAAAGUCCUCAUUGCUUGUUUUUCAGUUUAAGUAUUGAACUGAAUCCUAAAAAUAAUGAAUAACUGUUGGCCAGCAAAUUUUGCAAGGGCUAGAGUUAAAUUCCCAUUUUCCCAUUGAGGAUACUUUACGUUGUUUUUUUUCUUUUCCCCUUUCCCUCCAUAGUGCCUGCUGCCUCAAGAGUUUACUGUAUUGUUCUCAUGCGUUAGGCGUCGGGAUCUCUCCCUGAAAUGCCAAACCAUGAUUCUGAUUAAUGUCAGGUUACCGUGGUACCUGCCUGGAAAGUAGGAAGACAAAUGUUUUCCUUGGUGAUAGCAGUCUAGGCUCACACUUUUUUUUUUAAUCAACUAAAUAAAUAUUUCAUGAGAGGCAAGUAAAAUCAAGACUUAGAUUUGGGCUUUGAAGAGAGAUCUGCCAGUUGCUUUGAGUCUAGGAGUGGAUGCUUGAAGAUUUGAGGAGAAAAUAGCAAUUUUAUCUGUUGUUGCCUAAGUAUUGAACUAAUUGUAUGAACAAAAUGCCUUGUACAGUGUGGAUAUCCAGGGACUGCUUGCUUCCAGAGGCCAGCUAAACAUUUAUAGCACAGGUUUUGUUUUUCUUCAGUCAAGAACUAAUUUAACAAUGGUCUCCAUUCCCCUCAUUGACAAUUAUUGGCGAAACUGGUGGCAGUUUUUACAUUUUAGGAGAAUAAAAGGAAUCAUUCUGAAUUCUAGUUUUUUGUUUGUUUGUUUUUCUCAUUAAAAAUCCAGUUAAUGUACCACAAGUGGAGGUUGUGGAUUGUAAAGAAAUCCAGGUGGCUGUUAUUGAUGUCCGCUUUGUAUUUUUUGUCAGCUAACUAAUGAUACAGAUUUUUCUGCUCAAAAUGAUAGUAAAGGAUUUCCACUGUAGAACUGUGGAAGAACGUUUUAUUAUAUCUGCAUUAUAGCUUUUAUUUCUCAAUUACAUUUACAUUGAUAGCAAAAGUUUAUGACCUAGGUUGUAUGAAUUUUCUCUUUCAGAGCUGCCAUCCCUGUUAUCUCUGUAAGCAGCAAAAUUGUGCUUAGAGCUAGUGUAAUACAGUGAGAGUAUAUGCUAUCUAAGAUGGCAGGGACAAAUAUUUUUUGCUGUCUUCCAGAGCUUAUAAUGUGGGGCUUGAAUGAAUGUUGUAAAAUAUAGUAGUUCAAGAACGAAACAGGAUUGAGUAAUACAGGAAAGUUAGUGAAAGUACUUUCUUGAAGGAAAAGAGGAAAACAUUGUGGUGAGAUUUCGUAAUCUCUAAGUGCUUGCUGUGAAUUAGAAAUUUCAAACAUCAAAAGAUGUUAAUUUGUUUGACCUACUGUUUGUUUAUUCCUGCUGUGCCAGGGUUUCUGCUCAGAGCUGGGUCUGCUGAUACUUGAAGAAAAGAAGCCCUGAUAGUGUAGCCCAAAUUCAAAUAUGACUGAAGUGGUGAUGCAGUAUCCACACUUACUAGUCUUUAGAGAUGAUCAGAGCAUCCAAUAAACCGAAGGGUGUUCAAGAAAAGAAGCAGCGUGGUAGAGAAGUAUCCCCAGGGUAAUUAUGUUUACAGAAUCAUUUGGCCUAUUGUGUCUAAUGGUCUUUAGAGCAGUGCCUUGACAAUUACAGCUAAAGUCCUAGGACCGAGUUAAACACCACUUAAACUGCUCAGUCUUAUUGUCUGUGAUCUUGCCAAGAUAAGUCCAAUUUUGCUGGUGUCUGUAAUGUUAAAACACAUAUGUGCUUGCAUGAUCAGGUCUGUUGGGGCAUUUUGGUGGACUUGAUCAAGAAGGGAUUUUAGAAACUGAAAUUGAAACUUCUUGAUUCUACUGGGAAAUUACAGCCUUCUUCUCCGAAAGUGAUGCUUAUUACUGAACUCUAUUCUCAUGUUAUGUUUUCAGAAAUAUUUGGUAUGGAGGAUUGGAGUGAAUGCAUUUUCAGUUAUGUUUCAGUUUAAUUAAUUCUGCCAAAGCAUGCUGCUUACAUGAGACUCAUUUGUUGAAAUCUGUUGCUAAAAUGAUUCUUUUGUACUCAGUUGUGUAUUUUUGACAUUUGUUACUCAUGUAAGAAUAUGUAUAUAGAGAAGAAAAUUGUUUCGCCUCUUACUGCUUUCUGUUAUUUUCUUAUUUUGUAUGCCAAAUGCUUUUAUCUUUUAAAUUUCGGCAUAUGCAUAGACAUCUGCAAGAUUUCAGUGGUCUUUCUGUAACCAAUUGAGACUUUUAAUUCUCAAACCAUUCUCAGUACCCUCCUUGAAAGAGAUUUGGAAUUAUUUUUAAGUGAAAAAUAAACAUUAAGAGCACAAGCUUGUUGCGGUUGGAAUGGUGAAGAAUUUCUUAGGUCCAGUUUUCUAGGAGCCACUACCUUGCCAUUAUGAACUGGUUUGAUCUUUUUUUGAGUAGUCAUUUUCUGAUAUGAAGAAACCUUGAAUUACUGUAACGAACCUGUUAAAUGGAAUGGUGUUGUCUUUUCUGUACAUACUACACCUGUGAACAUACCUGAGCGAGAAAAAAAAAUAAAAAGAAGCAAAUAUGAACAUUCAAAAAAAAAAGAAUGUGGCAAAAGUCUAUACAAUUGCUGUGAAUUUGUGCAUUCACAGACUAAGCAAAAGUUGCCUUCAGUUUAAUGCCCAGCUUUCUAGAUUCAAACACCUUAUUUUGUUUGUAAGUUAAAUCACAGUAUAAGCUUGCUUGUCUGAAUUUUGUUUUAAAACAAAAGGGUUUUUUUGUGUGUGUAUAAAAAAAAUAAGUUACAGAACGUUCUCUUAUGAGAGUGGAGAUGUCAAUAUAUCCAAAAUAAUUGAAGUACUGUAGAGCAAAAGAGAAGUUGAAGAUGUAAGAAGAAAAUAACCUUCCAAAAGAUACUGACUGAACUGGGUAUGCUACCAUAUAGCUUGGAUGAAGUAAUAAAAAUUAUCUCAUUUUGCAAUAAAUGAAACAAACAGUGAUACUGCAUGGCAUGAUUCAUUUCAAUACAAGACA